GUUUACUCCUUGUGAUGACUGUGCAGUGUGCAUUAAUGGUGGGUGCAAAACUGGCUGUGCAUUGUUAGUAACACCCCAAAAUGGAAGGCAGUCCUCUUAACGGCAUGCUGGAGCCAGUACAAAUUAAGGGCUCCUGAGUUCACGAGACGCCCCACUUAUUCCCCCUCCCAAAUGAGAGUUCCAUGUCCAACCAUAGAAAGGUCGCUAUUUUCUGGGACUAUGAAAAUUGCCCUCCCUUGAAUUCGCAAGGACAUGCCACUGUAAAUGGCAUUCGACGAAUUGCCCAUGUCUUUGGAUACGUAACGUCGUUCAAAGCAUACUUUGACGUGUCCUUGCAGUCCUCCCCCAAGUCUGUCGGGUUUCGCUCUGACCUUCAGUCCUCUGGGGUAUCCAUAAUUGACUGUCCCCACAACGGCAGGAAAGACGUCGUGGACAAGAUGAUUCUCGUGGAUAUGAUUGCAUUUGCCGUCGAUAAUCCUUCACCUGCCACUAUUAUUCUGAUAGCCGGUGACCGAGAUUAUGCCUAUGCUGUAUCAACCCUCCGCCUUCGACAGUAUGAUGUCGUUCUCAUCGUACCUCCGGCGCCAAAUAUUCCCCAGAGCCUGGAGUCUCAGGCUUCUGUCGUGGUGGACUGGAAUUUUGCUAUUCUUGGAAAGCCUACAGAAGCCGAUACAGCACCGGUGCGGCAACCUUAUCGCAACCUUGACGAAGAUAUCGUAGAGCGGCUAUCACGCGAAAUUCGCGAUUCGAACGAAGAUCCUGCUGUCACCCUCCUUUCCUCGAAUCUUCCCACAACACCGGCCCAUACGCGGCGUGUCAGUGCAGCAGAGCUGCUGCAGCCGUCAGUAUUUGAACAGAAUUCAGACACAGCUUCGGAUGAUGCUACUCAGCCUGCCUCGACGUGGACGCCGAAGAAGGUUGCUAGCACAAUCCCUGAGACGCCUGUACGUCCUAGAUUCGAGUCUGUGGCGUCGCGGGCUAGAUCCGCGACGCAGUCGACGCACAAUGUCCCAGACAUCGAACAAGGUUCAGGCUCCCCUCUUAAAGAGCACAAAGCACUUUCAAAUGAAAGUCUCGUAGACGAUUUCGUUAGCUGCGCUAACGAGAUUCAGGAUGCGACUCAAGGUCCUUUUGCCAGAACCGUUACUGGUCUGGCACGCAAUCAUGACAAUGUAGAGUCUGGUUUACCACCAACCACAAGCUCAAAGCGCCCCCCUCUCCUCUUCAUCACACACCCGUACCAUCUCGGGCGGCACCCCCAUCUCAUAUGACAACACAACCCAGAACGUUGUGCCUGUUGCAGUGCCCUUGUCACCUGUAUCCUCAUGGGGGCAGAAUGAU